AUGGACGACUACAAGUUGGUAGAUGUUAUUUACAAUCGAGAUAGUAAUGAGAGUUCUGCAGUUCAAUUUAAUAGAGCUCUUCAUUCGUUAGCAACAAAUGUGAUGGUCUCAUUUAAUAUCAGUGAAGAGAGAUUUGAAGAAGUGCAACUACCAAUGCCACUACCAUUUGAGGGUAUGAUUGGACUGUUGAAAGGGUGCCUCUGUAUAUUUGGUCGUAAUGAAAAAAAAAGAAGAGAAGUAUGGGCAAUGCAAGAUCAUGGAGUUUCAGAAUCUUGGACUAAACUUAAAAUCAUUCGGCUUUUUAAAAAUGUCUCUAUGAAUUUUAUCGGGUCUUUAAAUAAUGGUGAGAGCCCAUUUAAGGACCGAAUUACGCGUGACAUAUAUUCAUAUGACCUAGAGUAUGAAACUGCUGGAAAAGGAAAAAUCCGUGGUUUUAUGGUGGAAGGAACAGUGAGUUAUAAUGAAAGCUUAGUUUCACUAAACUCUAGUGCUGCUGUGGCAACAAGUGGAAAGACAGAAAUCACUCGAAAAUCCAAAAAGAAGAAGACUAAGAAGAGAAAACGUUGA